AACAUUAGUCUUUGGAUUCUUACCUAAACCAUAAUCCCAGUAGAUGAUGGCAGCUACGGGUGCCGGAGAUUCACUUACUGAAAAUCCCACAACCUAUGAGAGAUUCCAAGAGCUCAAGGCCUUUGACGAAUCAAAAGCCGGGGUCAAGGGCCUCGUUGAUGACGGAAUCACCAAAAUUCCCCUGAUUUUCCGCCGGCCGAUGGAGGAGAUCGCCUACGGCGAUCGGAAUUCCGCUGAACUGACUCAAACCCAGUUAAUAAUUCCGGUCGUUGAUCUUGGAGACAUCGAACAGAAGCGUGAUAACGUGGCCGCAAGAGUGAGACAAGCAGCAGAGGAAGUGGGGUUUUUCCAGGUGAUGAACCACGGGGUUCCGUUCAAGGUUUUGGAGGAGAUGUUAGAGGCGGUACGUGGUUUCCAUGAGCUGCCGAGGGAGGUGAAGGAGGGGUAUUACACGAGGGAAUUGACGGGGAAGGUGAAGUUUGGGAGUAAUUUUGAUCUGUACCAGUCCAAGUAUGCUAAUUGGAGGGACACUUUGUUCUGUGUUAUGGGACCUGAGCCUCUUGAUCCAAAUGAAUUGCCUCUUGUUUGCAGGUUCUUUCAAUUUAUAUGUUUCUUUGCCAAAGAAGAACAACUUUCUAGAUAGUUCUUGCUUCUUCUUUUUUUAUCAUGAAAAUCUCCAACAUCUCUAUUUGGAUUGCUAAGUUACAGUUUUGAGAUUGAAGAUUUAGACUUUGGAGUUGCAUUAUUCCUUCCAUGUGUAUUAUUAUCAUACAGGGAUAUAACAAUGGAGUAUUCAGAUCAAAUUCAUAAACUAGGGACUACUUUGUUUGAACUUCUUUCAGAGGCACUCAAGCUAAAGUCUGACCACCUUUU